AUGACGGUGGAACUUUUUGAGAAGAGGAAAGCUCUGUUUGAACCGUUAGAACCCAACAUCAACGUUAAACGAUCAUUAUUAUCUAAUAAUAAUUUUGAAAGUCUGCUAAUUCCUCCAUCACCGGAUUUUGAGACCACAUCGUAUCCACGUGGGUGGUUGAUAGGUAAAAAACGCAAGCUUGUGAAUGUUGAUGUUGUAGAAAGCAUGAGGAGAAUAGUUCAAGAAAUGAACAGAAAGGAUAGAAAGAUUUAUGGGUUAAAUGAGCAAUUGGAAGAGGAUGCAAAAUGUGUUGAACACCUGCAAGUUCAGCUGUUGGAGAAGAGAAAUAAAAGGUCUCAUGUAGAAAGAGAGAACGUGAGAUUGUAG